AUGUUGAAAACACAAGUCACGCCGGUGAAAGGUCUCACGAUUCCACGUUUGGAGCUACAAGCUGCCGUAGAAGGUCUCAACAUCGCCCUCACGAUUUGCCGUGAACUAGAAAUCGAUUUGCGCCAAGUGACCUUCCACUCGGACUCACAAACGGUGUUGCAGUGGAUACAUUCCAAAACUUGUCGAUUUGAAGUCUUCGUCAACAACUGCAUUGGAAAAAUACUCCGGAACACAGGUCGUCGACAAUGGCGUCAUGUUGCUGGAGACUUAAACCCAGCGGACCUCAGCAGUAGGGGUAUCGACCCAAAGGGUGUCAACAAACUGGUACACUUUUAUCGCGGGCCAUCUUUCCUGAAUCUAGACCCCUCGGAGUGGUACACUUGGGAAGAGAUCGCGGAGCCGGAAGAACGAGACGUAAACGUGAUUCGUGUCUUGGCAGUCAAAAUCGAAGAUGAAAAUCAUGUCAUCGAUCGAUGUGUCGCACGUUUUUUCAGUUUGUUGAGACUUCAACCAGGGCUGGCCUGGAGUAAAAGAUUUGCCAACAACGCCAGAGCGAAACUACGUGAUGAAAAACCCAUGGUCGGAGAGCUAACGGUAGAAGAAAUGGUAACAUCACUGACAAAAUGCAUUGUACGUGAACAGGAAUUGGCCUUUGCUGAAGAAUUUCACGCCCUUCGCAAGACUCUGGAAUGGCCAAUCAGAUCAAAACUUCGCACCUUCAAGCCUUUCUUGGAUGAAGUCGGACAGAUGCGAAUUGGCGGACGUAUACUUCAAGUGCCGAUCGACUAUGCAGCUAAGCACCCCAUACUUCUACCAGCAUCUCAACCUUUAACAAAAAGGAUAAUUUGGGAUCACCACGUAAGACACAUGCACGUCAGGACAGAAAGAUUGCUGACAGACCUACGUUCACGCUUUUGGAUACUUUCCGGAUGCAAAGUUGUAAAAUCUGUCAUCAACAACUGCUGGCCUUGCAAACAGACUUCGGCGAAACCUAGUCCUCCGUUGAUGGCUUCACUACCAGUCCAUCGUUUAACACCCCAUCUGCCUGCGUUCACGUACACAGGAAUCGACUACUUUGGACCCUUGACUGUACGAGUUGGUGGACGGGGACGAAGACAUGAAAAACGUUGA